UUUAAACGUAAUUACAUGAAAAAAUAUUCCUUUUCUGUUUAGUUCUGAGUACUGAGUACUCGUGAAUCCGUGAGCAAAGAUUAAUCUAAUCUAAUUUAAUCGUUAUCACACAUUUUCAUUACUAUUCGAAAUGGACAAAGAGGAAUCUUUGAAAAUGGAAGAUCUAGUAGUCCGACUGUUCGAAAUAAACGCCAUAAAGUUUGGUAAUUAUAAAACGAAAAUAGGACUUGAUACCCCCAUAUAUUUUGAUUUAAGGGUAAUAGUUAGUUGUCCAAGAUUGCUGAGAACGUUGGCGCUUAUAAUGAUGAAUAAAAUAAAAAUUUCCAAAUUCAAUCUUUUAUGUGGUGUUCCAUAUACCGCAUUACCAAUAGCCUCAAUUAUGUCAGAGAAAUCUGAAAUUCCAAUGGUGAUGAGAAGAAAGGAGGCAAAAGCAUAUGGUACCAAAAAACUAAUUGAAGGUAUUUACACAGCUGGAGAAAAUUGUCUUAUAAUAGAAGACUGUGUAACAUCAGGAAGUAGCAUAUUGGAAACCGUAAAAGAUCUAAGGGAAUGUCAAAUUAAUUGCAGUGAGGCUGUUGUCCUCCUUGACAGAGAACAAGGUGGUGAAGCUUUCCUUAAAGAAAAUGGAAUCGUUAUGCAUUCUCUAUUGACAAUGAGUCAAUUAGUACAAAUUUUAUUUGAGAAAGACUUAAUCACUGCAAAAACUAAAUCUGAAGUUGAGAGCUAUAUAGCACUCAAUAAAAUUAAGCCAGAAACUUUAGCACCCAAAGAAGAUAGACUCAAAAUGUCAUUUGAGAAACGUAUUCCAUAUGCAAUCAAUAAUGGAGCAAAAAAACUCCUUGAAAUAAUGAUAGAAAAGGAGACAAAUUUAUGUGUAGCUGCCGAUUUAACUGAUGCAACAGAUAUUUUGAAUUUAGCAGAAGAAGUUGGUCCCUUCAUAUGUUGCCUGAAAACUCACAUAGAUAUUGUGAAAGAUUUCCAUCCGAAUUUCAUAAAAAAUUUGAGGAGCAUAGCCCAAAGCCAUAAUUUCAUGCUUAUGGAAGAUAGGAAGUUUGCAGAUAUCGGAAAAACUGUCCAAUUACAAUUCACCGAAGGUGUUUUCGGAAUCAAUAGUUGGGCUUCCCUUGUUACUGCCCAUUCUUUAUUUGGAGAAAGUCUUUUGGAUGCUUUGGAUCAAGUUUCUAGUUCUGACACGGGAGUUUUUUUGUUAGCAGAAGCAAGCUCUAGUGGUUGCUUAUUUGAUGAUCAAUACAAACAAAAAACUAUAAAACUUGCUUCGAAAUAUGAAAAUUUGAUCGCAGGAAUUGUAUGUCAGAGUCCUCUUUUCAAAGAACACCCAGGUUUUCUACAGCUUACUCCUGGAGUUCAAUUAAACUCAUCAGGUGACAACUUGGGCCAACAAUAUAACUCUCCCGAAAAUGUUAUAAUUUCAAAAGGAGGUGAUAUAGCUGUGGUAGGAAGAGGAAUAACCACAAGUGCCAACGCAAGGAAAGAAGCUAAAAAAUACAAAGAUUUGCUAUGGAACGCUUAUUUGCAAAGAGUCAAGUGACCUAAAAAUAAUAAAUUUUAUUACACUGCAAGGAGCAAUUGCCCCUAGGCGUAAAAUGGAUUUGAAGCUAGUCGAUUUAAAAUUUCCAGAGUAGGUGGGGCAUAAAGGCGUGAAAAAAUGAGAGUAUCAAGAGCAAUAUCAACUUCCGAAUUUUAUACUUCCCAAUUUCA